UUGGCUGACGUCAUUUUCUGCAUUUUAAAAAUGGCGUCUACUAACAUAGAAUUCGCUGAAUGAUCUAUCUCUUUUAUUAUCUGGACCUCCUGCAACAUGAAACGAAUUGUGGAACUGCGGUAGAAUCCAAGUCAGCUUGUAGGAGGCUCUACAAGUAAAUAGUGUAACCAUGAGUAGUCGAAGAAAGAGGGCCCCCCCUGUGAGGGUCGAUGAAGAAGCCAAGAAGAGGUUGAACUGGAACAUGCUGGAUGAUCGCAAGAAUGAGGUGAUCCAGGAGGAUGACGACCAGAUGCCAACCUGCUCUCUUCUUCCAGUUGACCCUACUCCCAGCAGCUCCUUUCUCAUAGAGACUGCCUGCCCUCGCUCUGUCCAGUUCACAGAGGAACAACCUAGUACAUCAUCAGAGGGCACCACUGCUUCAGCCUCUCUGGCACUGACUGUGGUGCCAGUGUUGAAGCUAUGUCACAUCUGGAAGGCGCUCAUUGGGGAGUUCAGUGUCCACCCAGCUUGGCUCCCAUCUGACUUUGAACAGAAGGCGUUCACGCUCCACCAUAUCAAUGACCAGCCCUGCCUCAGUUGGUGUGCCAGCUGCAGUGAGAGCUCAGGACUGCAGCAGAGAUCUGAUGAGGACACUUGCACAGCGGAGUGCAGCCUCAGUCGAAUCCCCCUGGAGGACCUUGACUGGCUGCAGAAGAGGAGGGUGGUGCAGCUCUGCCACCAAGAAAAAGAAGAGUCAAUCAAAGUGGGGAUUUACUUGCUUGAAACUGGGUUCAGUAAGCCAGAGUUUCUCAGUGAGGGAAAUGCUCGGCUGAAGAAAGCAAAUCAACUAAUGCAGAAGUUAAUGGAAUAUUUCUAUGAUUUCAUUAUCCCUGAAGUUGGAGAGAAUGAAGAGGAAGAGUGUGACACCGACUUGGAGAGGCAAAAUGUAGAGGAGCUCUAUGAUUAUGUCAGACAUUUGCACCAGAGAGAAAGCCAGGAGGUGAUCUACGAUGUCCAGCACAAGGCUCUGAUUCCGGUGCUCAGACCCUAUCAGAGCCAGGCUGUCAACUGGAUGCUGAGGAGAGAAAAAUACAGGAACACGUCUCCUAAAGAACAGUCAUUGCAUUUCCUCUGGCGGGAGCUGGUUACUUUGUGUGGCAAGAAGUUGUUUUACAACCCUUUUACCGGCUGCUUAAUUCGAGAAUUUCCACUGGCUGGUUUUGAAUGGCCUGGUGGGAUCCUGGCUGAUGAAAUGGGGCUGGGAAAAACGGUGGAAGUUUUGGCUCUCAUCCUGUUUCACACACGCCAGGAUCUGGAGCAGGAGGCCCUUACACUGCCUGUGGGAAAAUCUGUGAAUUACUUUGUUCCUCCUCCUCCACUGGAAAAAGAGAAGGCUAUUCGCUGCAAGUCUGAAGCUCAGCCUAAAAUGAAGGUGUCCUACCCAACUGUACGUGUCAUGCUGCUCACUGCAAUAAAGGAGAUGAGAUCUGGCAGAGGAGCCUCAGUCAAUGCUGUCUUCACUUAUAUCCGUGCCACUUAUGGUUAUGACCUCUUAAAGAACCGCAACCACACCAAGAAAACACUGGCGAAGCUGAUAGAUGAAGGCCUGGUUGACCGGGUCAAAGGUCGUGGCUUGGCCGGCUCAUUCAAGCUGGGAAAGAACUACAAAGCAACCAAGAAAAGAUUUACAGGAGCAUCCAAGUCUAGUUCAAAAUACACAGAGAACAUACCCAGGAAAAUGUUUCAGAGACGAGCAAAAGAGAAGGCAGAAGCAGCUCUUCAAAACUCGCUUACAGAUGAUCAAGGAGAUCCGAGCUCUGACUGUCCUGCAGAGGAAACAGAAACAAAGAAGGAAUGGGAUGAAAGUCUAAGUGAGAAAGCAGAUCAGUCAGAUGACGGGCUAGAUACAUCCACAACAUGCAUGCAGAUGUCUGAGGAUAAAAGUGAAUCAGAUACACAAGACAUGCUGAGAAUGGGUGAUGUACCUAAAGCCAAGGGAGAAGCUCCUCAGCUUGAUUCACAGGAAGAAACAGAAACCCCCACCAGAGCAUCUGUGGUCCCUUUCAACACCCCAGACUACCGAUUUGAGUGCAUCUGUGGUGAACUGGGCAUCAUUGACUACAAGGCACGUGUCCAGUGUAUGAACUGUCAGUUGUGGCAGCAUGCAGACUGUGUUAACUACAAAGAGGAAAGCCUUGAAACAACACCUUUCUAUUGCCCUCACUGCCUGGUGGCCAUGAAACCCGUCUCAACUGGUGCCACUCUCAUCAUCUCCCCCAGCUCCAUCUGCCACCAGUGGGUGGAGGAGAUCAACCGACACAUCAGGUCCUCCUCGCUCCGGGUGCUGGUUUAUCAGGGUGUGAAGAAACAUGGAUUCAUCCAGCCACAUGUGCUCGCUGAGCAGGACGUAGUCAUCACCACCUACGACGUGCUGCGCUCAGAGCUCAACUAUGUCGACAUUCCCCAUAGUAACAGCAAGGACGGGCGCCGCUUCCGCAACCAGAAGCGCUACAUGGCCAUUCCCAGCCCUCUGGUAGCUGUGGAGUGGUGGCGGAUCUGUCUGGACGAGGCUCAGAUGGUUGAAUGUCCCACUGCAAAGGCUGCAGAAAUGGCUCUACGUCUUGCAUCUGUCAACCGCUGGUGUGUCAGUGGCACUCCUGUCCAGAGAGGCUUAGAAGAUCUGUAUGGCCUUGUACUUUUCUUGGGAGUUGAUCCAUAUUGGGUGAAACACUGGUGGGACCAGCUGCUGUAUCGCCCAUAUCAACGUGGAAACACAGAACUGUUGUACAACGCAGUCGCUCAGUUACUGUGGCGAUCUGCUAAAAAAGAUGUCAUUGAUCAGAUCCAGAUCCCUCCUCAGACAGAGGAGGUGCACUGGCUGCACUUCUCCCCUGUUGAGGGCCACUUCUACCACCGUCAGCACGAGGUCUGCUCCCAGGAUGCUCUGGUCAAACUCAGGAAGAUCUCAGACUGGAGCCUGAAACUUGGCAGCCUCGAUCGCCGCACCGUCCACACCAUCCUGUGCCCACUGCUGAGGCUGCGCCAGGCUUGCUGCCAUCCACAGGCUGUUAGGGGGGAGUUCCUGCCUCUGCAGAAAAGCACCAUGACAAUGGAGGAGCUCCUGAAGUCCCUGCAGAAGAAAUGUCGAGUGGAGUGUGAAGAAGCUCACAGACAGUUGGUGUGUGCUCUCAAUGGCCUGGCUGGAAUCCACAUCAUCAGAGGUGAGUUUGUAGAAGCAGCAGAGAUGUAUAGAGAAGUUCUUCGUUCAUCAGAGGAGCACAAAGACAGACUGAAAACAGAUUCAUUACAGAGGCUUCAUGCUACACACAAUCUCAUGGAACUGCUAAGUGCAAAGCAUCCUGGGAUACCUCCUACGCUAAGAGAUGACCGAUUAAGGGAGGAGGCUGAGCAGCUGCGACAGCACUACAUGACCAAAUACAACUCCGAGGUGGCAGACGCCCAUCAGGCUCUGCAGCCAGUGUUGCAGAACAUCAAAGAGCUAAAACGCAAAGUUAAGCUGAACUCUCCCUGGUGGCUGGAUGUUAUCCAGAGGGCGAGUCGCUGCUCCACUGAUGAUGAGCUGGUGUCCCGUGUCAAAAAUGAGUUGACAUCCAGCUACAAACAACAAUCCCACAAGCUCUCCAUGGCUGACAAGUUCCGUGACGCCUGCGGUCUACAGUUCCUGCUCACUAAGCAAAUGCAAGAUCUGAUGAAAUCCCAAAAGAUUGUGCAAGAUGCAGUGAAGAGUCUUGAAGGUCCACCUUCAAAAAAAGUGAUUGACGAGGCCACCAUUUGUCACCUCAGACCUAUGAGACUCCCCCUCAAUAACUGUGUUUUUUGCAAAGCAGAUGAACUUUUCACAGAUUAUGAGUCCAAGCUGUUUGCUCACACGGUGAAGGGUCAGAUGGCCAUCUUUGAAGAAAUGAUUGAGGAUGAAGAGGGACUGGUGGAUGACCGUCUCCCCACCACUAGCCGAGGUCUAUGGGCAGCCAGUGAGACUGAGCGCACUCUGAAAGCCAUCUUGUCCUUUGGAAAAGCUAAACGCAUGGACCCAGAGCUGGUGGAGGAGGGCAACAUCUUCAUGGAGCUGUUUGAGAACUGGAAGAAGGAGUACAAGGUGCUGCAUGAGUACUGGAUGGUGCUGCGGAAUCACGUGUCGGCCAUCGACGAGCUCGGUAGGGCCACUGAGAGGCUACGUGUGCGUCUGCCUGACGAGCCAAAGCCCAAACUGCUGCACAUCAUCGAGCCACACGAGGUGGAGCAGAACAGAGUCAAGCUUUUGAACGAUCAGGCAGUCGCCAAGUCCCAGCUCCAAAAGAAGCUCGGUCAGUUUCUGUAUCUCACAAAUCUGGAGAAGUCCCAGGACAAGUCUACUGGAGGCCUGAACCCAGAGCCAUGUCCCAUUUGUGCCCGGCCCCUGGGACAGGAGUGGGCAGUGCUGACCUGUGGGCACUGCUUCUGUAAUGAGUGUAUUUCUAUCAUCGUGGAGCAGUACAGUGUGGGCUCAAGGCGUCGUGCCAUCAAGUGUGCCAUUUGUAGGCAGACCACGUCCCACACAGAGAUCUCCUAUGUGUUCACCACUCAGUCGUCCAACCAGGACCAGGACAUCCCAGUCAAGGGAAGCCACUCUACCAAAGUCGAGGCAGUGGUGAGAACGCUGAAGAAGAUUCAAGUGACCGACCCCGGGGCCAAGUGUCUUGUCUUCUCCACGUGGCAGAGCGUCCUGGACAUUAUCGCUAAGGCUUUGUUUGACAACAACAUGGAGUUCUCACAAAUCAAUGGGAUUCACAAAUUCCAGGAGAAUCUGAGCUCCUUUAAAUAUGAAGAGAAUAUCAACAUUCUCCUCCUUCCCCUUCACACGGGCUCCAAUGGUCUGAACAUCAUCGAAGCGACUCACGUGUUGCUGGUUGAGCCGAUCCUGAACCCAGCUCACGAGCUUCAAGCCAUUGGCAGGGUGCACCGGAUUGGCCAAACCAAGCCAACAUUUGUUCACAGAUUCCUCAUAAAAUCUACAAUUGAAGAAAGAAUGCAGGCCAUGCUAAAGACUGCAGAGAAAAGUCACACCAGCACAACCAUGAAGCACUCAGAGGCGGCUGUACUGACAGUAGCUGACCUGGCCGAUCUGUUUACUGAAGACACUGAACCACUCGAGUAAAUCUGGACACCAGCUAAAGAAAAAGAGGCCAAGAGAGCUCACUCUUUACACAGUGGUGAGAAAGGUCCUCGAAUUAUGCACAUUCCAUUUUUAUAUGUGAACAUCUUGAAGUUACCCAAAAAGAUAUUUUAGCAAUUCUUUUAGAAUAAACUACACCAUGUUUCUUAACUUUAUUUAAGGUCAGAUUUGACAUCUCUUUGAAGUAUUUGUGUAUUUUGGUCCUUUGUCAUAAUUGUACUUUACUGACUCAGUAACUGUUUCAGGUACGUGUUAGUUACAGUUACAUUUGGCUAAAUUCUACAGUGUUGUUGUGUUAGUCUAACUAUGCGCAUUUAUAUAUGACAUCACUGUGUGGUGAGACACAUGAAUAUGGAGGAAUUCAAAUGCUGAAAUCAUAUCAGUGAUUGACAUAUUCUUACAAACUUCAGGAAAUAAAAGUCUGUCAAAGGAAGGGUGUCGACAUGUUACAAGACCAGCUCUUUUUGUCAAGUGAUUUUUUUUAAUUUUUAUUUUUUAUGAUUUUCUAAAAAGUAAAAAUUGAAGCAGGAAGGAAGUCACUGAUGUUUACUUCCUCAAGUCACUUUUUCACAAUUAGGCACAAAGUGAGAGAUUAUAGCAGGGUUCUCUUCUUCCAGACAGCCUUCUUAAAACUGUUUGUCUGUUUGAAACAAAUGCCAGAACACUUAAGCCUGUCUUAUUUGCAAGACAAAAAAAAGCUGAUUCAGUGUCUUGGAAACGAAUCUUGUAAACUAAACUCAUAAAAGUCAGAAAAUGUGAA